AUGGCAAGUCCCAACAACCACCGGUUUCUCCCAGCCCAGGAGCCUGGGCCCAUUUCAGGAGCACCCCACAUCCCCAGCAGCUCAGCAAACAGCACCCCACAUCCCCAGCAGCUCAGCUCAGCAAACAGCACAGGCAUGAUGAACCUCACAUGCCAGAGUUUCCAGUGUUCCGGGGAGCGAUGCUACCAUGACGAAGCUCAUGGGAACAACACAGAGACCUGCCACAACGCAACACACUGCGAGCUCUUCCGCCUCAACACGACCAGCUACACAGCCCGGUGCAGCAGUGAGUGUGGGGGAAUCAAUGGCACCGACAUGUGCAUGCAGAAUGGCACCAUCGGCAUGAACCUGUGUUCAAUGGAGUGCUGCAGCUCCCCAAACUGCCUGCUCCUCAAUGCUACAGCCUACGGUGACCUGCCGCCCACCACUACGCCGGCACCCACCACCACCACCACCAAAGCACCCCCCAAAAAUGGGAAAGUGUGCUCAAGUUUCACCUGCCAUGGAGAAGGAUGCUACAAGGGACAGAAGCACGCAGCCGGCUGCAUCGUGGGCUUUAAUUUUUGUGAGAUGAAGAAAACCGGCCCCCACUUUGUGGCUGGAUGCAGCAAAGUCUGCAAAACGGCCGGCCCGCCCUGCUCUGCGGGGUCCAAGGUGCCCUGCUACCAGGAGUGCUGCCCGGCGAUGCCCAAGACCAGCUGCCUGAAGCUGGAUGGCAAAGUGCACUUCAACGGGGCCAAGCAGGUGGCAGCCCUCACCCCCCUGCUCCAGCUGCUGUUGUGUGUGGCCGUCCUCAGCCUGAACUAUGCUCUCCUGUUCUCAGCCGGGCACAACUGAAGCUGAGCUGGCCUGUUCGGGUCCUUAGGUGGUGGCAAAAAAGCAACUCUCCCUUCUCUGUCUGUCUGUCUCUCUCUAUGCCUUGGGGAGUCCACUUGGUCUGGGCCUUUCUCAUAAGGCAUCCAGCAAAUGCCUCCCCCCCUCCCCUCCUUUUUCUUUCAGGGCCAAGUGAUUUAUGAACCUUUUGGCCAUGUGAGCUUGCAAUAAAGGGUGAUAUAUAAAUUGAAUAAAUAAUAACAAUAAUUUAGCUCAGACCUACAUAAUCAA